AUGAAGAAGGGAUCCACGAAGGUGAGUGACAAGUCUCAGGCCUGUAUGGAAGUCCUAUGGGAGCUCACCGGCUUCCGAGCUCCUCAGUCGAAGAGGGCACGGUGGGAUGCCAGCCACGAACAACGAUGGCUAGGAGCUCAUUGGACUUAUGACUCUGAGACGGGUCGGCUAUCAAUGAGGAGGCCCACCUGCGAGAAGCCCUUGGAAGGAAUGACGAAGCGAGCUGUAUAUCGAGCUGCUGGCCAGUUCCUACUCUUUACUCAAGGAGCAGCCGAAGCGAUGAGUCGCUCCCACGCCGAUUCGAUGAGGCGCAUCUCCGGAAAGUGGCCAGGUUGGGACACUGUAUGUACCGAUGCGGAACAGUGCAACCUGAUCCACGAUCACUUUAAAUGUGCGCAGCAGCAUUGGGUCGAUUGUUCUGAAGAAGAUCAAAACCUUUGUCUCCUACAGGGGACCACGAAGAUUGUAGUCGAAGUAGACGGCUCACAAGAAGGCCAUGGUUUCCUCGCCAUCGACGCGAGCGAGCUCCCUGACAACGGUGACCGAGACCAGCUCGGUGAUAUAAAAUCGAGGGUGGUGAUCGCUGAUGCGAAGGCCUUUAAUGAGAAACAUCUCGGAUGGCAUUGCAAUCGGCGGGAGUUGACCGCGAUUGCAUUCGCCAUAAAGCGUAUCGAUGACAUCCGGUCCCUACUACCAUCUCUACAAGUGGUCAUCAUUCGCACAGACAGUAGGGUCGCUAGCGGUCAAGUAGACCCUUGGAGCCGGGUAGCCACGAAGAGUCUUGAGCGCAAAGCUCUCCUACGGUUGAGGAGUGUGGUAGUCGAGACUGUCUUCGAUUGGAAACUGCACGGAAUAAAAGCUCGAGUCCAGCAUAUCAGUGGAGUCAGCAACGUCACGGCAGAUAAGCUGUCAAGAGCAGUAUCCGAACGACGUUACCAAGAAGCAGUUUUAGAAGGUCGAGAACGACCUACGGUGGUAUCUAAUGUCAAUUUGUUAACGACCACGACUUUGGAGGAGGCUGUCGACGGAUUAACGAGGAUCUCAAUCCCAAGUUUCCUUCGAUUCGUUGACCUGCACUCGACAUUCCAAGCCUGGCGAGGUGCGAUAACUACUGGGAGUAGUCUUGUGGAAUCCGACAACAACGAAAAGGUCGAGCUGAAUACUACUACACCUCCUGAUGACCUACGUAAAAGGUGGCUCCGAAAGAUUCAAGCCGAUGAUGAUGAGACGGCUCAAGCCAUCGCACAGUUGAAGGAACCUACCCAUGAUCCCACCACUCCUACUCCGAUCAACGGUUAUCUGUAUAAUCUCUUCAUCGACGAUGAUGACAUCCUGAAGAGAAGAACCAUGAGGGGAAGUCUCGCCUCCAGAACUGGCCAGGCAGAUGAGCAUAUUCAGACGGUGAUGCCAAAGUCCAUCAUGGCCGAAGUGGCUACAGCAGUUCACGCUGAACUCGGCCAUGCAGGAUUUUUAGCUACCUUCAGAGAAGUGUCUCAACACUGUUGGUCUCCUAAGUGCCGUGAGAUUGUCAAGACUGCUCUCUCAAGAUGUAUGUCCUGCAUUCGUACCGUGCCAAAGGCCAGUAAUGUCUUGAAGGCAUUCCCCGGUCCUGCUAUCAUUCCGCAAUGGCCUUUUCAAAUUGUCGGAGCUGACCUUUUUGGUCCAAUCCGAUUACGGUCUCGAGAACGCCAAAAGGCGGUUGAUGAUGAAGCACAGAAAGGAACUUACAUCCUUACUGUGACGGAUAGGCUAACUGGAUACUGCCGCUUCGAACUGCUUGCGAAUUGUCGCUCGCAAACUGUGAUCCGUGCGUUCGAGAGGAUCAUCUGCUGGGAACUCUGUGCUGAUACUCAAGAGUGCUGGACCGACCGUGGGUCCCAAUUUAUGAGCUCGGCAUGGGGGUCUAUGUGCUUGUUGAGCAACAUCCGUCAUCGAGUGAAUCUACCAUCAACACCACAUCUCGGAGGAUGGUGGGAAACUCAUCAUAAGCCUCUUACUAAAUGCCUCAGAAGUCUAUUCGACAGUUGUCCCACUCGUGAUCUACAGGAGAUGGUCAGCAUUGCUCAAGCCCGUAUCAACUCUAGUUUGGGCACUGAUUCUCGGCCAAGUGCCCAUGAACUGGUCUACGGAUGGGGAUGGAGACCAUGCCUACCUUUAUCGAGAUUACUCGCCGGAGAACGACAACUCGAAGAAGACUAUAGUACUAUCUAUCCCACCAUUCUACCAGAAGAUCCGCUCCAUCGUGAACAAGCAGUACAGGAAGCCAUCUCUCGUGGUGCGCACCGUCGAGAUCUCUUGGCACUCUUCAACGAGGCCUGA